CGUCCUGAAAACACAGCCAGUCCCGUGACCGUCGUCACACAGAUACUCAACUCGAAACAGUUCACACAUUUUGCGACAUUUAUGUUCUUUUGACCAUGCACAAGGGCGACGAACUCUUUUAUCGAGAGCUCCCAAAAGUGGAGCUGCACGCUCACCUCAACGGCUCGGUGAGCUUUCAAACCAUGGAGAAGCUCAUCAAGCGAAAGCCACAUCUGAACAUCCAACACCACAUGACGGCCAUCGACAAAGGCCAGCGGAGAACUUUGGAAGAGUGCUUUCAGGUCUUCAAGGUCAUUCAUCAGUUGGUGGACACAGAGGAAGACAUCUUGAUGGUGGCCGCAGAUGUCAUCAAGGAGUUUGCAGCUGACGGCGUCAAAUAUUUAGAGCUGAGGAGUACACCCAGAGAGGAGAAGAAAACUGGGUUGACAAAAAAGAGCUACGUGGACACGGUCAUAAAAGCCAUCCGGCAGUGUAAAGAGGAGGAGGUGGACAUUGAUGUCAGGUUUCUCGUAGCCAUCGAUCGCAGGAAUGGGACUGAGGUUGCCAUGGAAACGGUGAAGCUGGCUGAGGACUUCAUGCAUGCCGCUGACGGGCUCGUGGUUGGACUUGACCUCAGCGGAGAUCCGACGGUGGGCCAUGGUAAAGACCUCCUUCCUGCCUUACAGAGAGCCAGGAACAGCGGACUUAAGUUAUCGCUGCACCUCUCCGAAGUUCCGUCUCAGCUGGAGGAGUCGGAGCUGCUGCUCAAUCUGCCUCCGGACCGGAUCGGCCACGGCACCUUUCUGCAUCCCGAUGUCGGCGGAUCACAGAGCCUUGUUGACAAAGUGGUGAAGAAUAACAUCCCUUUGGAGCUUUGCUUGACAUCGAACGUCAAAGGACAAACUGUGCCGUGUUACUCCCAGCAUCACUUUAAGUACUGGUACCAGAUGGGCCACCCAAGCAUCAUCUGUACUGACGAUAAAGGCGUGUUCAGUACCGACUUGUCUCAGGAAUACCAGCUGGCGGCGUCCACGUUCGGCCUGGGUCGCGAGGCCGUGUGGACCCUCUCCCGGCAAGCCAUCGACUUCAUAUUUGCGGCGGACGACGUGAAGCAGCAGCUCAAGCAAAAGUGGACUCAGUUAGAGCCCCGCGUGCUCAAAUGACACCG